GCCCCCAGCGCCGUGAUGGACAGCCCGGCAGCGCGCAUGCCCAGUGGGGUGCGGCGUGAAGCGAUGGCGUUGAGAGCGACGGAGGAGUGGGUGAAGCGGCGGCUGCGGCUGCGGGAGGAGGAGGAGGAGCGGCUGGCGGAUGUACGAUCUUUGUUCUUGCCCGGAAGUUGCGAAGAAAAGAUCACACACCUUGGCAAGUCUCUCAAGAACUUUACACGUCUCAAAAUACUUGAUCUAUCGCGUAAUUCUUUGAUUUCAUUGGAGGGGAUUCAACACUUGGUUCAUCUGGAAAAGCUCAACCUAUAUUAUAACAACAUUGCAGUUUUGAAAGAUAUUUUUCUUCUUCGUAACCUGGGUGCCUUGACAGAACUUGACUUGAGACUGAAUCCUGUGGCCAAAAAUGAAGCGGACUAUCGACUAUUUAUUGUGCACAUGCUCCCCAAUCUUCGAACUUUAGACGAUCGACCAGUCAGAGACAGUGAGCGCAAAGCAGCACUGAUGAACUUCCGAACCGAUCAGGCACAUGAGUUCCAUGAAUAUACUGCUCAAGAAGCAGAAAAUGUAAGCAGAAAAAGUCAAGACCCCUAUAACGCAUCAGGUGCAAGUGCAGAUGUGGUGGAAGAGGACGGAGUUCAGGGAGAAGAUAGCAAGCGGCACACUGAGGGAAUGAGAGCUGUGAAGGCAGAAGGACAACAGAGAAAGUGGCCAGCAGCAGGAGGUCAAGAUCGGCCCAGGCACCCAAGGGCAGAGUUUACAGGCUCAUUGGGAAAGAAAUACUCUGAGCUUGACAAAGACGAUGAAGCUGUUUUGAAUCUAAUUGCAAAGUGUAACUUGGAUAUGAACGUACCUGCGAGAAUCACAGGUUCAGUGAAAUGUAUUCCUGAGGCCGAGUUACGUAGCUUGCAAGGUAUUCACAAGAUUGACGAUGCAAGAAGCCAGGAAUCCUUGGCAAGAAAUACCUCACAUGCAACCAGGUCCUGGCCAGUCAACGCUUCUAAGGGUGUCGUGAAUCCACAAAGGAAAAGCUCUGUAGAAUGUCAAGCGGUUAAUGAAGACUAUCAGUCAUUACCCAAUGUUUCCUGUCCACGAUCUCGCACCAUAGCUUGCAAUACAGAUGUCACACCACGACCUAGUCGAGUAACAUUUGCAGAUGAAAAAACAUGCAAAUUUUCUGCUAUGGACCUUAACUUGAAAUUUCAAGAUGAGGCUGAGGCCUAUCACAGGGUCACCACCCGCUCACACUUCACCCCACACCCAGGCUCUAUGCGUAAUCAUUCUGCUGCACUGCAUCAGCUUCCUAGAUCAAUAGCUCCUUGCACUUCUACUGGGGCCAUGCCAUCCAGUGUGAUGAAUGAAGAAAAGCAGAGGGAACAGGGCCAACCAACCAGUAUGGCGCAUAGUCACCCCACGGCAGUGCUGAAGCUACAUGGUGGACAACCCAUCACAGCCCCGAGUUCAACAUCUUCUCUCCACAACCAAGUGGACGAACCACACGUCAGGAGGUUAUCUGUCUCACCGAGAUCUUAUGGACCUGACCGGAGGUACAGUGAUGCGAGCAAUAGAUGCUACGAGAGAAUUCAAUCAAUACCUUGUGAAGCUCUAGCUCCGGAAUGUCCAACAAUUGAUCAAAACUUCUUUAAUCCAAACUUGAUGAAAAGUCUCUUAGAUCUUGUUGACAGAUACUGGAAUGGAUUUAAGUCUCUUCAUUGUAAUGAAAAGUUUCUGAGUAAGUACUUUGAUGCUGUUGCUUGCUUCGAUAAAUAUAUGUUUGUAUCCAUGGAUAGAUGCUGUUUUGCCCAGCUCUUAGUUCUGUUCGAUGUGGCUGGUUCAGGACAAAUUGCUAGUGACAUUUAUUCCGAGGAUCUUGAAGCUUUCAAUCAUCUCUAUUUCGGUGCCAUCAAUAUACACCGAGAUGUGUGCACAGAUCCAGUUCCUGAAGUCAAUUACAAUCUCCUUUGUCUGACUGACAUAAAGGGAGAGGUUGUUGCUUUGUCAUCUGAAAAAAUAAAGAUACUUCAAGAUGAUACAAGUGAUUUAAAAGCAGAGAUAAAAUCAUUGGAAAACUGCCUCUGCCAGCAAAAACAGCAGUACACCGAGGAACUCGAAGUCAUGAAAAAUCAUUUAAAUCAAUCUAUGGACGACAAAAAUCAACUACAAAAUCUUCUGAAGAAGGUGGAACAAAAAUCACACAAUGUUACCAAUUGCACAAACCUUCAAGUUGAAGAACUAAAGAACCACAACCAGCAGCUGUGUAACGAGAUUGACAGUCUGAAGCAUCAGGCCCAGUGUUACCUCAAAAUCCAGGAACUGACUGACAAGCUCCAGGAAAGCCACAGGUCAUUGGUAUGCACAAAUGAACACUUGCUGAGGGAGCUGUCCGAAAUGCGAGCCCGACACAAGGCAGAUGUAGACCAGUUGCAUUGGAGCUACAUUCAGCUCAAAAAGUCCGUCGAGAAGUCGACCCGCAAUGUGGCCAUGACUGGCUGCUUGCCCUCAGGCAGAGACAUGGAUAAUCGGAGACGCUAAAGGAAUCCCACAAUAAUUCUGUGAAAUGGUCUAGAGAAAAUAAAUUACAAGGAGCCUCUGUCACA